CAGCUCUGUUGUACACUCACAACACAAACCAGCUAGUAACUUCUUUCUCUUCAGUGUCCAUCCUAUUCAUGAUUACACCAUGCAGUGUCCACCUGGGCUCUUCACAAAAAUUUAUUGAAAUCGGUCAAUGAGGGCAGCAGACAAAUGUUGGCAAAACUGUUACGUCAUAGGAAGGACUCGACUUUCCAGUCCAGAAUUCAUUGUUCCAGCAAGAAAGUUGAUACUAAACAAACAUCAGCAAUUACAGCUAUCGAAUAGCCAAUGACAAUAUUUCACAUUCUUCCAGUUUUGUGCUCCCUGGCCAGUGAUGAAUUUCUAGAUCCCAAGCUCUUUGACAAGGAUUCCCCUUUAUUGUGGAGCAACUCCAACAAAUUUCAUCCUAUAAUUCGUCUGUAUAACCCAGAGAAUUCUCUGAUACAAGAAGAGUACUGUAUAAGUCUCUGUGUACAGCCGUCAGCAGCACAAGCCAUUCCUGGUAUGAGUGUGGUGAGUUCAACCUUUGAAUCUAUUGACAAGGAUUCUAAUGUCCAGAAAAAGAUUAUUCCUUGGCAAGAUACACUGAUGCCUGGAUUUGAUGAUGUCAUUGGGACAGCAGGGCAGGAGAAGGGAUCAAGGAAGGAUAGUCUGAUACUUGUAGCAUCACUCAUAGACAAGGCACCAAAUCUAGGAGGUCUGUGUCGUACAAGCCAGAUAUUUGGUGUAUCAACACUGGUUGUUGGCAACCUCCGAGUAACUACAGACAAAAUAUUUCAAACACUGAGUGUCACUGCUGAAAAAUGGCUGCCCAUCAUAGAGGUCCCAGUGAGUGAUUUGGCAUCUUAUCUCCAAGCAAUGAGGCACAAGGGCUACACACUGGUAGGAGUUGAACAGACUGCCAGAAGUCAAUGCCUUACCAAGUAUCAAUUCCAAGAAAGAACACUUCUACUGCUUGGACAUGAGCGCACUGGCAUUCCUGUGGAGUUGAUCCAGUUGCUGGACGUGUGUGUGGAGAUACCCCAACAAGGAAUCAUUCGCUCACUCAAUGUCCAUGUUAGUGGUGCACUAUUAGUGUGGGAAUAUAGAAGACAGCGACUUCUUGCACAGUCCACCAAGUGAGUGGGUGCAGCAGUACUUGUAUUUGAAUGCAAAAGCACAAAUGAGUGGCAGUAUCUAUUGUAACACGGGGCUGGUCCGGUCCUUUACAUGCGUGAACUGGUUCUCCAGUAAGAAACCUUUACUUACGUGUAGCAUCGGGUACCAGUUUCCAGGUAGUGCUUCGCCACGACGCCACACGGCGUGGUGCGGCCGGCCACUUAUACCAUUGUUGUCUACUGUUGCGUUAACAAGUACAUGUAGGUGUAUUUGAAGUCUUUGUUUCAUUCAUUCCAAUUACAUUGAUAAAUAUGAUUCUAAAUUUAUUAAAAAGUUACAGGUUAGUAUAUGUACAUUGAAUACUAAUCCAGUGCAUAUACUGUACUGUACAUGUACAUUACAUUACCGUAGACUGUAUAACAAUGCUUGCUGGUGCAUGACGCCAGGCUUGCGCUCUAUGCAGGGGAUAACAUGAGGUUCACCGUAAGACAGGGUUUUUUGGAGAGUCCCUUUGAGUUCUUAUUAACCGUGUUGGACUGUAUAUGCAUGACCUCCGGCAUUGCAUGCAAAUGCACACUGGCUUGUUCUGCACAUUCUGAAGAGCUAGCACUAUCAACAGUAGUUAAGUUUACAAAUUUUGUGAAGAGGUAAUGUGGAAACGUACUGGUAAAUUUUCAACAAAUUCCUUAUUCAAAUACAUGUAUUUUUAUAUGUAGUUAGAUCAAAUCAGUCAUGGUUUUAAUCAAGCAGAAUUUGUAGAAGUGUUUUGAAACAGAUAUUGACAUUUUUAUCUUGUGAUGUAGUAAAAAUAGCCUUCUGAGGUGCUGGAAUCUUGUUUUACUACACCACUUGAGGCAGUCAAUAUUUGUAUACUAUACUGCAUUUCAUGUCCAUCUCCAUCGUAUCGACAGCUUCUCAAACUACCGAUAUUGUUGGUCAAGUGGUUUAAACUGCUUGAAGAAUGCCUGAGCCUUGUGGAGAAUCAGUGAACAGAGUACUGAAGUGUGACAUCAUGUCAACCAGGGAAUGUUGUACAAAUGAAUAGUGUACAUGUACAUGUACGUGUUGGUUCACAUGUUGGUCCGUGCACUAAUGCCUUUUACACAGAUAAUUGUGUACGUUACAUGGUCACUGUGCUACUCUAUAGCAGAUCAUCCAAAGAACUUACCAGUAGAAUUUACAUUUCAGAAGUAUUACUCAGCACUUGGUGGCAAGUGAAUUGAGCAAGUUGUGUGUUUGGGUUGCACAUAAUUAAAGGUAUUUGAAUACCAUAGCAACAUUGGGAGACUGAAGUACAAUUUCCAGAGAAAAAAAUUCAUCUGGAUCUCUUUAUUACUACAGAAGUGGAAUGUCAGAUUUUUUAAGUCCAAAAUACUUAAAGUGAAACAAGUCUGGUUUAAUUGACGUGGAUGCUCACAAUCACAUGUACAUGUAGCAAUGCAACGUCAGAGCAAUGAUACUAUUUAAUGAACAGAACUUUAACAGCUUUUAAUUUGUUCAGUCAAGCUUACUAAAUUUACCUAAACACAUUUACAUACUUGUUGCUGAUCUGUCAAUUUAAUCUUUGUAAUUAUUAUCAACAGUCUGAAUUAGCUUGAAAAACUGAAAUAAAUCAUGACGCCAUGAUGAUCACAUUCUAGAAGGUGGUAUGCUUGGGGUUAUAUUAACCAGCUAUAAGCUGGAAGAAGCACAACAUUUCCCAUAUGUGACAACAACUCCACUCUCUAAUACUUAUUCUCUGUAGAUCACCAGAGUCAAGUAUUUCUUGACAUACCAAUCAUACAUGUAAGUACAUGGUGGGGGUGACCCUGGCCUCCCAGCCCCCCUCUUCUUGUUUCAGCAGAAUCAAAACUUCUGCAAGGCUAACUGAGAAAAUGUCAUAAAGUGUUGAAUUUUAGCAACCACUGUUCCCUUUCAGCUUGGUAAAUACACAUACACCAGACUCCCAUUUUGCCACUGUUGUUCAAACUCCCUUUUCACAUCUACAGGGACCUCACGGCCUGGAAAAGUUAUGGAAUUUUGUAAAAAUGAUAAAAAUAAAGGAAAAGUCAUGUAGUUUUUCAAA